AUGAUAAAAACUUAUUUAUUUCUUCUUCCCUUUCCUUGUCAUAUUCAAGUUAUCUAUCUAUCGCACUCUCUAUCUAUUUAUCUGUCUAUCUCAGCCUGUUCAUAUCUAUCUAUCUAUCUAUCUAUCUAUCUAUCUAUCGCAGUUUAUAUCUAUCUAAGACUCUUUAUUAACUAUCUAAGACUCGUCAUUAUCUAUCUCAGUCUGUCCUUAUCUGUCAAUCUAUCUAUCUUUCUAUCUAUGCAAUCUAUCUAUCCAACUAUCUCAGUUUGUUAUAUCUAUCUAUCGAGGUCUAUUUGUAUCAUACACUGUAUCUAUCUAUUUAUCUCAGUUUUUUCAUAUCUAUCUAUCUAUCUAUCUAUCUAUCUAUCUAUUUCUCUUCAUAUCUAUCUAUCUAUCUAUCUAUCUAUCUAUCGUAGUCUGUUUGUAUCUAUCAAUCUAUCGCACACUCUAUCAAUUUUUCUCAGUCUGUUCAUACCUAUCUAUCUUUUAUUUAUCUUUCUGUUUAUCGCUGUCUGUAUCUAUCUAUAUCUAUCUAUCUAUCUAUCUAUCUAUCUAUCUAUCUAUCUAUCUCAGUUUGUUCUUUGUCGAUCUACCAAUCUUUCUAUCACAAUCUGUAUCCAUCAUUUUAUCUGUCUAUCUAUGUCUGUCUGUCUCUCUCAGCCUGUUCAUAUCUAUAUAGCUAUGUCUUUCUGUUCAUUAUCUAUCCAUCGCAAACUCUAUCUAUCUAUCUAUCUAUCUUUGUUUAUAUCUAUCAAUCUUUCUCAGUUUCUUCAUAUCUAUUUAUUUAUUUUAAUCUGUUCAUUGUUCAUAUGUAUUAUCUAUCUAUCGCAGUCUGUACAUGUGUAUCUACGUGACACUAUAUUUAUCUAG